ACCAAAAAAAGAACAAAAAAAAAAAAAAUCUUGUUCUUUACGAUUCACAGUUCAAACUCUAUUCCUCUGUUUCCAAAGUAUUCAAAAGCUAAAAAAUAAAGAAAGGUACUUAAAGCAUUGGGAUGCUCUGAUUGAUUCAAAGUAAAAGCCUUUGAUUUGAACAGAAAUUUGAGUAAAUGGGUGUUAAUUUUCAUGGCUUGUGGAGCCUCUGCUUUUUUUCUUUUUGGAAAAACAAAAGAUAUUGGAAUUUGAGGCAAUAUGAGAAGUAAGCAUAGGAUUGGAAGGCGGCGGAAGGUUGAAAUUAGGCGAAAAUUUGGGAAGAUAAUGAAGUGUCUCUGCUCCGGCAAACAGUUUGGAGCAGUAGAUGAAAUGGUUCCUUCAUCAGAAUCCCUUACAACCAAGGAUCGUUCAGAUAGUGGUUGUUCUUCGAAAGCUAGUGAGGUUGGAAAGAAGCUGGAUACUGGGAAUAUAGAAGAAGCAGAAUCAUCUCUGCGUGAGAGUGGUUGUUUGAACUAUGAGGAAGCAAGAGCAUUAUUAGGAAGAUAUGAAUAUCAGAAAGGAAACAUAGAAGCUGCUCUACAUGUAUUUGAAGGAAUAGAUAUUGCUGCAGUGACUCCCAAGAUAAAAAUUACCCUUGCUAAAAGAGAACAUCGUAAGAGACAUUCUCAAAAUUUUGCUCCCCCACCAAUGUCUAUACACGCUGUCAGCUUACUCUUGGAAGCAAUCUUUCUCAAAGCAAAAUCGUUGCAGGGUCUUGGGAGGUUUAAAGAAGCUGCUCAAUCUUGCAACGUUAUCUUGGACAUAGUUGAAUCUUCAUUACCAGAAGGCUUGCCUGAAAACUUUGGUGGUGACUGUAAAUUGCAGGAGACUCUAAACAAGGCUGUUGAGUUGCUUCCAGAAUUAUGGAAACUUGCUGAUUCUCCACAUGAAGCAAUCUUGUCAUACCGGCAGGCACUCCUCCUUAAUUGGAAUCUUGAUGCAGUAACUACAGCUAAAAUCCAAAAAGAGUUCGCCAUCUUUCUUCUGUACUGCGGAAGUGAAGCAAGCCCCCCAAAUCUCCGCUCCCAAAUGGGCAGUUCAUUUGUACCCAGAAACAAUAUAGAAGAGGCUAUACUUCUGCUAAUGAUACUACUAAGGAAAGUUACUCUCAAGAGAAUUGAGUGGGAUCCAUCAAUCCUGGACCAUCUUUCGUUUGCUCUAUCUGUGGCAGGGGAUUUGAGGGCUCUAGCUAAUCAGCUGGAAGAAUUGCUUCCUGGAUUAAUUGACUGGAAAGAAAGGUACAGUACUUUGGCUUUCUGUUAUUAUGGAGCAGGGGAGGACUUGGUUGCUUUGAAUUUACUUAGAAAACUGUUGAGUAGAAAUGUGGAUCCAAAAUGUGUUCCAGCUUUAUUAAUGGCCUCAAAGAUUUGUGGGGAAAACCCUGAUCUUGCAGAAGAAGGUACAAGUUUUGCUUGCAGAGCCCUUGAAAGUUUGGAUGUUGGAUGCAAUCAAUUGGAAAGUACUGCCAGAUGUUUAUUGGGUGUCUCACUUUCAGCACAUUCUAAAUUAGCUGUUUCGGAUUCAGAGAAGGUCACAAGACAAUCUGAGGCAGCUCAGUCCCUGGAAACUGCUGGGAGAAUUACUAGAAUGAGUGACCCCAAUAUUCUUUACCAUCUUAGCUUAGAAAAUGCUGAGCAGAGGAAGUUGGAUACUGCAGUUCGUUAUGCAAAGCGCUUGCUAAAACUGGAAGCUGGGUCUAAUAUCAAGGGGUGGUUAUUGUUGGCCCGGAUAUUAUCAGCUCAGAAACGAUUUAUGGAGGCUGAAACUGUUAUUAAUGCUGCACUGGAUCAGACUGGAAAAUGGGAUCAGGGAGAACUGUUGCAGACCAAAGCUAAACUUCAAAUUGCUCAGGGUCGGUUAAAAGGUGCCAUUGAAACAUAUACUCAGCUUCUUGCUGUUCUUCACAUUCAGCGUAAAAGCUUUGGUUCUGGGAAGAAGCUUCUCAAGAGCAGCAGAACUGCUAAGAGUUUGGAACUGGAAGUAUGGCAUGAUCUUGCUUCUGUCUACAUAAGCCUGUCACAGUGGCAUGAUGCUGAAAUUUGUCUUUCCAAAUCUAAGGCCAUCUGUUCUUACUCUGCUUCUAGAUGUUAUACCACAGGUGUACUAUAUGAAGCAAAGUGCCUCUAUAAAGAAGCUCUAAGAGCUUUUGGAGCUGCUUUGGAAAUAGAUCCCACCCAUGUCCCAAGCUUGAUCUCCACAGCCGUGAUUCUCAGAGAGCUCGGUAGUCAAUCAUAUCCAGCUGUGCGAAGCUUCUUGAUGAACGCAUUACGGCUUGACAGAAUGAAUCAUUCUGCAUGGUAUAAUCUUGGCUUACUUUAUAAAGCCAUGAGUACUACAUCGGCAUCACAAGAAGCCGCUGAAUGUUUUGCGGCUGCUGCAUUUCUUGAAGAGUCUGCACCGGUUGAACCCUUCAGAUGAUAAGUUCCACGUAAAAAUUUCAUCUCUGUAAAGCAUACAAAAUUAUAUCCUCUCCAGUGUCCCAUCAGUGUAUCUUGAUAUGAAUCUUCAGAUAUUGUAGUAGAAGUUAGUCCAGCUUCUGAUCUGGUUGAGUUACAAUUCUUAGACCCCACACGCUGGGUAGGAUUAACAAGUGACCUACAAGGCUAUAUAACUCAAACCACUUGCAUACAGCAAUAUAUGAACCCCUUUUUUUGGUAA